UCGCAACGUUAGUGUUGAUCUCUGCGGGCUCAUGAGUUCACCGUCAUUUUGGUUUCAGUUAAAGUUGUACUGUGUCGAUGUUCUAUCUUGACUUGAGGUGAGUCUUAGUGAUGGCGCGCACUAAGCAAACGGCUCGCAAGUCCACUGGGGGUAAGGCGCCUCGGAAGCAGCUAGCAACUAAGGCUGCUCGCAAGUCUGCUCCUGCUACUGGCGGAGUGAAGAAGCCCCACCGAUACAGGCCUGGCACUGUGGCUCUACGCGAGAUCCGCAAGUACCAGAAAUCGACUGAGCUUCUCAUCCGGAAGCUGCCGUUCCAGCGGUUGGUGAGAGAGAUUGCACAGGAUUUCAAGACGGAUCUACGCUUCCAGAGUUCCGCGGUACUGGCAUUGCAGGAAGCCUCUGAAGCAUACCUAGUGGGUUUGUUUGAGGAUACGAACUUGUGUGCGAUUCACGCGAAGCGGGUGACCAUUAUGCCGAAGGAUAUCCAGCUUGCCCGUCGCAUUAGAGGAGAGCGAGCGUGAGGUUGGACUCUUGCAGUACACAAGCUAACGGUGUUUCAUAACACCACCUUCACUGCAACUCAUAAUUCCAGUUGUAUCCGGUGUGCUUGCAACAGGAUGUCACUGGUUAGGUCUGUCCGGGCUGCAAGAGUCUGCUGCAUUUGAACAAACUGCUCACUUUUCAAUGCUAUUAAACAUGUCUCGCAAGCUUUUUUUCA